AUCUUAUUUAUCUAUCUAUUAGCAUUUGUAUUGAAAUGGAUCCCAACAAUCCCCAUUUCAACACCCAGAAUUCUUCAAACAACCCAUUUUACAACCAAAACCACAACAACUAUGAAGAUCCAAAUCAAAUUUCUUACCAACAUCCUCAAAAUCCCACCAAUUAUCAAGUCCCACAUCAAUUGUUCAACCAACGUCCUCAAAAUCCAAACUAUUAUCAAGUCCCCCAUCAAUUCUCCAACCAACGUCCUCGAAAUCCAAACUAUUAUCCAGAUCCGAAUCAAUAUUCGUACCAACCUCCUCAAAACAUACAAAAUUUUAACCAGUCAUCAAUUGUUCCAAACUCUCAUCCAUCUUAUGGAUCUGUGAGAUAUUCAUCUCAAACACCUCAGUCUAGUGGUUAUAUGCCAGUGGUUCCUGAAAAUGUUCCGAGUGUUGAUGUAGCGGAAUUUCCGGAAUUUUCAACACAAGUCAAUCUUGGUGGCGGGUCAGCUGAUAAUGAAGUCAAUGAAAUCACUCCUAAGAGCAAAAAAGCUCAUUUACCCGCAUGGAACACUGCACAAAAUCUAGUGCUAAUUAGUGGGUGGAUUAAUUGCGGAACAAACAGUGUUGUCGGAAGAAACCAGAAAGGAGAAACAUUUUGGAGAGAUAUUGCUGAGUAUUGUAAUGAGCAUUGCUCAUUCGAUCCUCCGCGCGAUUGGGUUGCCUGCCGAAACCGUUGGAAUUAUAUGAACACAAGACUGGGUAAAUGGAUUGGCGCUUAUGAUAGCGCUAAGCGUGAGCAUCGAAGCGGUUGGUCAGAGGAUGAUGUUAUCGCAAGAGCGCAGGAAUUAUACGCAAGUGGGAAGAUUGGUCAAUUUACUUUGAUGGAAGAAUGGCGCGUUCUCCAUGAUCAACCACGUUUUUGUAGUCAGGUAGGAGGAAAUAGUGGCUCGAGAAGUAGUGGAUCUAAGAGAUCACACGACAGUGAUGCAAGUGGCUCAAACUCUAUAGGAUCAAUUCCUCGUCCAAUGGGUAGGGAGGCAGCUAAAAAAAAGAGUAAAAAGAAAAUUAGAGAAGAUGCUGACGAGGUGGUGGACAAAGAGUGGGAUUCUUAUAUCCAUUUCAAGGAGAAAGAGCUUGAAAAAUUGGAAAAGAUAGCAUCGGUGCAAGCAGAGACUAACGAAUUGAUGAAAGAGAAGACUAAUGCGAUGAAAGAGAAGACUAAUGCUAAGAAAGUUAGUAUGUAUCUAAAGCUAACUUCGGAAGAGCAUCUCAGUGACCGUAAGAAAGAGUUGUUAGAGCAGUUGUCCAAAGAGCUAUUUGGAAAUUAAUUUCAAGCGAGUCUUUGUCUGUAUUCGGUCAAACUUGUCAGUGGUGUGAAGUCUGUAGUGUUUGCUUUAAUGUUUGCUUUAAUGUUUGCUUUAAUAAUUUUCAAGUGGUGACAGCUAUGUAAUGUUUGCUUUAAUGUAUGGGUAACUGUGUUUGAAUAUGUACCACUCAAUUCGAAUCUUGUCCUUUUCCGACAACUUGUUUCAAAUCCACCAGUGGUGUCAAGUCUGUACUGUUUUCUUUAAUAAUUUGCCCGUGGUGUUAGGUCAGUAGUGUUUGGCUUUUAUGAUUCUCGGGUAACUGUGUUUGAAUAUGUGCCACUCAAUUCGAAUCUUGUCCUUUUCCGAUAAUUAACUCUGGUUGAUAACUUAUUUCAAAUCCGGCACUCAACCACCAUUCAAUGUACCUACUUAUAUGGACUCAUAGAUCCAUUGAUGUACCAAUAUCCCAAA